AUGAGCGAUGUCACCAUCGUCAGAGAGGGAUGGCUUCAGAAACGGGGUGAAUACAUAAAGAACUGGCGGCCACGUUACUUCCUUCUCAGGACGGACGGCUCAUUCAUUGGCUACAAGGAGAAACCUCAGGACACCGACCUGCCCUACCCUCUAAACAACUUCUCCGUAGCAAAAUGCCAGCUAAUGAAGACAGAGAGGCCAAAACCCAACACCUUCAUCAUCCGCUGCCUCCAGUGGACCACUGUCAUCGAGAGAACAUUCCACGUGGACUCCCCCGAUGAGAGAGAUGAGUGGACGGAGGCCAUCCAGAUGGUGGCGGACAAGCUGCAGAAGCAAGAGGAGGAGCGCAUCCAAUGUAGCCCCACCUCCAACAUCGACAACAUGGUGGAGGAGGAGAUGGACAUCUCCACCACACACCACAAACGAAAGACAAUGAGCGACUUCGACUACCUGAAGCUGCUCGGAAAGGGAACGUUUGGGAAAGUGAUUCUAGUGCGGGAGAAGGCCAGCGGGAAAUACUAUGCCAUGAAGAUUCUUAAAAAGGAAGUUAUCAUUGCCAAGGAUGAAGUGGCGCACACGCUCACCGAGAGUCGCGUCCUGAAAAACACCAGACACCCCUUUCUCACCUCAUUGAAGUAUUCGUUCCAGACAAAAGACCGCCUUUGUUUUGUCAUGGAGUAUGUGAAUGGUGGAGAGCUGUUUUUCCACUUGUCGAGAGAGCGGGUGUUCUCCGAGGAGCGCACGCGUUUCUACGGCGCCGAGAUCGUCUCGGCCCUCGACUACCUGCACUCGGCAAAGAUCGUUUACCGCGACCUCAAGCUGGAGAACCUGAUGCUGGAUAAAGAUGGCCACAUCAAGAUAACUGACUUUGGCCUUUGUAAGGAAGGCAUCACGGACGCCGCAACCAUGAAGACCUUCUGUGGCACGCCAGAGUACCUCGCACCCGAGGUACUGGAGGACAAUGACUACGGCCGGGCAGUGGAUUGGUGGGGUCUGGGCGUGGUGACGUACGAGAUGAUGUGCGGCCGUCUACCCUUCUACAACCAGGACCACGAGAAGCUUUUCGAGCUCAUCCUGAUGGAGGACAUCAAGUUCCCGCGCACUCUUUCGGCAGACGCCAAGUCACUGCUGUCGGGCCUCCUCAUCAAAGACCCCAACAAACGGCUCGGCGGAGGACCGGAUGACGCCAAAGAAAUCAUGAGGCACAGUUUCUUCACUGGCGUCGACUGGCAGCACGUGUACGACAAAAAGAUGGUUCCGCCGUUCAAGCCUCAGGUGACGUCUGAGACGGACACCAGGUACUUUGACGAGGAGUUCACUGCACAGACCAUCACGGUGACGCCGCCCGAGAAAUUCGAUGAAGACGGCAUGGACUGUCUGGACAACGAGCGCCGACCGCACUUCCCGCAGUUCUCCUACUCGGCCAGCGGACGGGAAUGA